AUGUUCGAAGGUCUUGUUCAACAUGAACAAAUCAAAGAGGAACUAUUUAAACAACAGUGUUUACCCCUAUUAAUCCGAUGUGCUACAGAAACAAAAUUUGAUAAAGUCAAGACACAACAACCUGCAUUGGAUAUUCUAUUAGCAUUAGCAUUUAAUGAACAGGUUGCGACGGCAUUGAAAACUGAUGAAAAAUUUAUGACAUAUCUAAAAUCUCUCUUAUCGUCGUCCAAUGAACUUGGUUUACAAAAAGCAGCUGAAACAAUUCUUUGGAAAUUGGAAAAAGAGGAAAACUUGUUAGCUGCAGCUCCACCACAAACAAAUAGUUCAAUAUCAACAGCACUAUCCAUCUAUAAAUACGAUAUAAUGAUUAGUUAUAGCCAUUCAGAUAAAGAUUUAUGUUAUGAAAUACAAGAAUGUUUAGUACAACAAAAUCAUUUUCGUGUUUGGCUUGAUCGUGAUAAUAUGCAUGGAGCAACUAUGCAAGCCAUGGCCAAUGCUAUUGAACAGUCUGAAUUCGUUCUCCUCUGCAUGUCUGAUACAUAUAAACAAUCGGGCUAUUGUCAGUCGGAAGCACAUUAUGCUUAUGAACGACAACGACAAAUCAUUCCAUUAAUAAUGAAACAACAGUAUCGACCUGACGGAUGGUUAGGAAUGAUUGUUAGCGGUAAAAUUUAUAUUGAUUUUCCUAAACUAGGAUUUGAUGUAGCCUAUCGAAAACUAAUAACAGAAAUUCAACAAUAUCGAUCAUCUCAAAUAACAGCAGCAGCGUCGAUUGUUCCAGUUAUUCAUCAUCAUCCCACUGUUCAAGACAAAGAGCAAAACAAAGAUGAAAACUCAAAACAACAUUUAAUUCGACCGUAUGGUCAUUGUAUCUUUACAUGGACCGAAGAAGAUGUUAUAAGUUUUCUCUUGGAUAAGAAAUUACAUUCAAUGUUACCUUUAUGUGAAGGUAUGAAUGGUCACCGUCUAUAUAAAUUAUUUAGAAUGUGUGAAACGGAUACAACAGAUAAAACAAUGUUUCAAACAUUUAAUAAAGAAUUGACUGAUACACAUAGACAGAAACCAUUAACAUUAAGCAUUUAUCUAAAGUUUUUAGAUGAAACCCAAAGAUAUAUACCAAAAACAACACUCUCAGUAAAAGACUCUCCGGCAUCAGUUAUAUGCACAUUAAUGUGA